GUUUUCUCAUCCAUCACUUUCCGUCACAAUGGCUACUGUACGGCGUCUUCAGCAGACUUUGUCUCACUUCCAGUCCCCUCGGACGACUCAGCAACUCUCAAUCGUGCAGGGUCCCACAGAGCCGGCUUUGCUCGAUAUCACUUUGGGUGAGCUGCUGACGCUCCAGAGCCUUCACUAUGGCGACUACGAAUGCUUGGUCUUUCCCUGGACGGGAGCUCGCUGGACGUAUACCAACCUACACGAUGAGGCCGACCGGCUGGCUCGGGGCCUGCUGGCGAUGGGGAUCCAGAAAGGCGACCGUAUCGGUAUCAUGGCCGGCAACUGCGAGCAGUACAUCGCAGUCUUCUUCGCCGCGGCCCGCGUGGGAGCCAUCCUGGUGGUGUUGAACAAUACAUACACUCCUUCCGAGCUGUACUAUGCUCUUGAUCAUACAGACGUUCGUGUGUUGUUUAUGACCCCUCGUAUUGGCCGUCACUCUCUGGAAGAGGUUUUGGAGAAGAUGGGUCCCAAGCCCAAGCAAGCCGGCAACUCUGUCGCAUUGGAGGAAAUUGUCAUUUUGCGGGGAGAGUACCAGAACUUCAGCACUUACAACGACGUGAUACACCGCGGGUCAUCGCUCCCCAGCUCUGCCUUGCCCAACCGCGAAAUGGAAUUGAGCCCCGCCGAUGUCUGCAAUCUCCAAUUCACCAGUGGCUCGACGGGAAACCCCAAGGCUGCUAUGCUCACACAUCAUAACCUCGUCAACAACUCGCGCUUCAUCGGCGACCGUAUGGACCUGACCUCCUUCGACGUCCUCUGCUGCCCCCCGCCUCUGUUCCACUGCUUCGGCCUGGUGCUGGGCAUGCUGGCUGUUGUGACCCAUGGAUCCAAGAUAGUCUUCCCCAGCGAAACGUUUGACCCCAAGGCUGUUCUCCACGCCAUCUCCGACGAGAAGUGCACCGCGUUGCACGGAGUCCCCACGAUGUUCGAGGCUAUCCUGGCCCUCCCCAAGCCCCCCAAAUUCGACACCCGCAACCUCCGCACUGGGAUCAUUGCUGGAGCACCAGUCCCUCGGCCCCUGAUGAAGCGACUCUUCGAGGAGCUGAACAUGACACAAUACACCAGCAGCUACGGUCUCACUGAAGCGUCUCCCACAUGUUUCAACGCGCUCACCACGGAUACCAUCGAGACCCGACUGAAGACAGUAGGCAAGGUCAUGCCUCAUGCCCGGGCCAAGAUCAUCGAUGCCGAAGGCAAUAUCGUCCCUGUUGGUCAGCGCGGGGAGCUCUGCAUCGCCGGGUACCAGUUGACCAAGGGCUACUGGAACAACCCGGAUAAGACGGCGGAGACUCUCACCACGGAUGCGGAGGGCACGACCUGGUUAAAGACGGGCGACGAGGCCAUCUUCACACCGGAAGGUUACUGCACGAUCACCGGUCGCUUCAAGGACAUCAUCAUCCGCGGCGGAGAGAACAUUUACCCCCUCGAGAUUGAAGAGCGGCUCGCCGCCCAUCCGGCCAUCGAGCUCGCCUCCGUCAUCGGCGUCCCGGACCAGAAGUACGGCGAGGUGGUGGGCGCCUUCAUCGCGAUCGCCGCCGGCCACGAGGACCAGCGGCCAUCGGUCGACGAGCUGCGCAACUGGACCCGCGAGACGCUUGGGUGGCACAAGGCCCCGCAGCACGUGUUUGUGUUCGGCGAGGAGGGCAUCGACCGCACCGUUCCCGUCACGGGGAGCGGCAAGGUGCGCAAGGUCGACUUGCGCAAAGUCGCUGCCCAGGUGUUGGAGCAGCGCGGGCAAGCUACAGCUGCAGCUAUGACUUGAGCCUUGGGUGGGACAGAUUUGGAUUUUGUUUCUGGUUUAAAAUGUGAUAAUACCCUUUUUCUUUUCUUUAUAAAAUGUCAAGCUUUGUCUAGUUGCCUAGUGAAUUAUUGUCAAUGUUUGG